ACUUCACGACUUUAGCAGUCCCAACAUGGCGCGUGCGGGCAAGUGCUUCGAGUGCGUGCUGCAGGGGGAAGUGAACUUCAAGCACUUCCCGUCAUUCGUCGAACGCCUCAGUGGGCUUUGCGACGAAAGCGUCGUCAAGGAGGACAUCGCGUAUAAGGAGUACGUCUACAACUUCGAUGACAAGUGUCCGCAGUACAUCCACGGUGUUCCACACUACGAGGUUCGCGCACGUCACGUGUUUUCUGGAUCUACCACAUUCCAGGGAGAAGCUGUCGAAAUGCCAUCCGACGGAGGACAGAAAUGGGAACUACGAUACAUCGGAAGAUGGGAGCGCAAGAAGAUGUCGGAGCAUGUAGGAAGCGCUCCAUUAGGUGUUCCGUUCCGCAGCCAGAUCGCUGUAUCCGUCGGUCAGAACGUUCGUUCGUUCCUCAAUACGCUUGGUUUCCGCCACAGCUACAGGUACAUGCGUCUUGGUACGCGAUGGCAGUUUCCGAACGGUAUUACCGUUGAAGCUACACGCAUGAAGGCGUUGAAAAACGAAGAUGAAAAGGAUGAAUAUCGUCUUGUAGAUCUGGAAAAUCUCCGUGUUGAAGCUCUACUUGUCGAGAUUUUUGCACUCACGACGGACGAGAAGAUCGACGAGGCCUCGCAGAAGAUUCGCCGCUUUGCAGUAGACCUGGACCCGUACUUCAUUGAACGCCCAUCCGAAGGCAAGGAGAUCCUACACAGCACAGCCACGCUGGCUGCUGAAGUGCGCCGCAAACGUCCGCGCCCAUAGACAGGGUGUCAAAUGUGCGAGGGAUACUGUCAAUCUGAACUGCAUUAUUGGCGAUAAUGCUAAAAAUAAGAAAUGAGAGGUUAUCAUGUGACAGCGACAUCACUCCUCUAAUUGCAGUCACAAGCGAAGCCUUGUUGCUUGACAGCUCUGUAUUGCGGGGGUUGGGACAGACGGAUGAUCUCGGGUGUAGCCAUCUCAUCUUUGGGUUUGUUAA